CUCCUUGUUACCAUCGCAUGAUACAAGUGACAUUCGCCCAACAUGACGAGCCUCAACUCCGAUGAAAUGCGCGCCAUUGACCAGACACGAACGCGACUGGAUCAGCUAACCAAGAGCAUUGGCGCCCUCAAGAACGACAUAUUACGAUCUCCAGUUAUGCCACCAAUAGACUCGAUCCAAGUACACUCCACAAUCCUCGCCCAAAGCCUCAAAAACAUCACCAACCACCUCUGCAAACACUCCGACCUCUUCUCACAAACGGUCGUCUACCCCUCCACCAACUUCCCCGGCCGGACCCAGGAAGGUCUAGUCGGGCAACUACUACGCAAGAAGCUCGAGCCGAGCGCCGAGAGCUGGGUCGAGGAAGGGCGCGCACUGGGAAAAACAGAGAACGUGGGGGGAGGACAAGACGAGAACCUCGAUGAGCUGUGGAGCUUCGCAAAGGAAUACGUGUUACCUCAGGUUGCGAAGGCGGCGCAGCUGAGUAGGUCUUCACUGGAUGAUAUAUAUGCCGAGAGCGACGAGGAGGAAGAAGAGGCGGAGGAGGAAGGGGAGGAGGAAGGUGGUGAGAAAAAACAUGCUUAUGGUGAUGGUGGGAGUCGGAAUCCGGCGGGGAUCUCAAGAGAUCUCAAUGCUAUUACGCGGUUUAUGACGACGGGUACGGCGACUGGCAACUGAAUCCUGGAUGUGGAAUUCAUGGUGUCAGAUGUUCAAUAUGGGAACCACGUUGAAGGCGCUGCGCUUCCCUGUUAUAUCUUGAAGGUAGCCACUCACUGAAACGCGGCAACUCACCUUUAUACCAGUGGCUAGUAUCGAGGGAUGGUGGUCUAUGAGAAGGCUCUGAUGAAAAAGGAGGUGUUGAAGGCCUCACAUCUAUACCCCAAAGGGUCGAUCCCAUCAACAACGCUGCAAUAGUCAUGGAUUGCGGUCGUUCCUGCGAGCGUGAUAGACAAUGCUGGGCGAAGUCCUCUUGUUGGGCUUUACGGAUCGUUUUAAUAUCUCAAUUUUAGGCGGAACCAAGGAGGAUAUAGGCUGUGCGGAGGCGACGGCUUCGACUAAAGACAGCGAAGCAGUCGUACGGACGAAGUUUUCUUUUGUCUCGCCCAACUAAAAUAUAAUACCGAAGCAAGAAGCAUAAAUAAAUAAAAACAUACAACAGUUGUUA